AUGGGAUCCAAAUCACCAGACGGCCAUCGACAGGGCCCAAAUGCAGAAUCGCCCAGUAGUAGUGUCGCUGCUACUACCAACCCUCCAAAGCCGGCUGCAGCAAGUGGUCUCGUUCAAGGCAUGCUUGAUGGAGACGACGAGGACGAGGAUGGGGACGACGACGGUGACAAUCAGCGGAUUGGAGCUGACUUGAAAUCCGGUGUUCUGCCGAAUAAUGAUGGCAAGAAGAGAAAAAGAAAGAGCAACAAGAAGAAAAAGAAGAAGACGUCAAAGGGACAGCAGACAACUCCCCCGCGUGUGUCUCUGCCCAGCAUCUUCCACGACCAAAGAUACCCAGAGGGCGAGAUUGUCGAAUAUGCCGCUCGCAAUGACAAUCUUCAACGCACAACUGCGGAGGAACUCCGCCAUCAGGCUGCCAUUCAUAAUAUGGAUGAUGAGUUUUUGACUGACUAUCGCCAAGCGGCUGAAGUCCAUCGUCAAGUCCGCCAGUAUGUGCAGUCGAUCGCGAAGCCCGGCAUUUUAAUGAGUGAACUGGCCGAGGAGAUCGAGACUGGUGUCCGCGCGCUUACAGGCCACCAAGGAAUUGAAACCGGUGAUGCUCUGAAAGCUGGCUUGGCUUUCCCGACUGGUCUCUGCCUCAACAAUGUGGCCGCUCACUGGACCCCUAAUCCUGGAGCCAAAGAGGUUAUCCUCAAGCACGACGAUGUCUUGAAAAUAGACUUUGGUGUUCAUGUCAAUGGAAGGAUUGUAGACAGUGCAUUUACGGUGGCUUCUAACCCCGUAUACGAUAAUUUGCUUACAGCCGUGAAAGCAGCCACCAAUACCGGGCUCAAGGAAGCCGGCAUUGACGCUCGAAUUGACCACAUCAGUGGAGAAAUCCAAGAAGUGAUGGAGAGUUAUGAAGUUGAGAUCAAUGGGAAGGCUAUUCCUGUCAAGGCCCUCCGUAGCCUUACAGGCCAUAACAUUCUGCGCUACAAGAUCCACGGUGAAAAGCAGGUUCCUUUCGUCAAGUCCAAAACUACUCAACGCAUGGAAGAGGGUGAUGUUUUUGCUAUUGAAACCUUUGGAAGUACCGGAAAGGGCUAUACCCGGGAUGAAGUUGGAGUAUAUGGAUACGGGCUCAACGAACAUGCUAGCACUGCUGGUCUCCAUCAUGCAUCUGCCAAGUCGCUGUUGAAGACUAUCCGUGAGAAUUUUGGAACGCUGGUGUUUUCUAGGCGGUAUCUUGAACAUAUGGGGGUGAAGAACUACCAUCUUGGUAUGAGGUCACUCAUCUCGAAUGAUAUUGUUGAGUGCUAUGCGCCGCUUGUUGAUGUGCCAGGUUCAUAUGUUGCACAGUUCGAACACACUGUUCUACUCAGGCCCAACUGCAAGGAGAUCAUUUCUCGGGGAGACGACUACUAG